UUCCACUGUUCAGGAGGAGUGGCAGUGUGGCUAACUCAUGUACUGCAUCAUGGACGUGUUGAAAGUUUGCGACCCGUAAAAGAAUGAGGUCAGAAAAGUAUUGCUGCAGAUUCGGGAGUCGUGGAAGUUACAAGAUACUGCACAUUUAUUAAUCAGAGUUGAUGUCUUGCCAGCUUUCAAGGGAACUUAAACACUAAUGAAGAACAGCUGUCAAAGAUUCAACACUGGGCGUUUCUCUCUCAGGAAUUUUUUAAAAGAAUGGAGAGCCAAUGAACAAAAUGAAACACUAUCAAGCUGUAUGUGUUCUGAUGUGUUGGAUGAUUGUAUCUACGUUUGGGAUUGGGAUACAGGAAUGUAAAUCUACAAUCAACAGAACUAAUAGCCAUGUGGAUUACACAGUAACAGUUUGUUGCAAGGUUACCUGUGAACCAGGUUUCUUUGUUGAUGUCUGCAAAGUCAAUGGAACAGCAGACAGAUGUAAGCCCUGUCCAGAGGGCACUUAUUUGGACGACAUUACACACUCUGAAUUACUACGGAAGUGUAGGACUUAUGAUUGCCCUCCAGAAUCAAUACCAGCGUCUACCUUUCCACCAGAGCCUGCAUGUCGGAAAAGAUGUGUUUGCGAUGUUCAGCGACGGUAUGUAGGGUCAGAUCCUUGUGCCUGCAAGCGGGCUACAGUCACCUGUCCUCAUGGGAAAUCAUUGACAAUUGACAAUACCUGCGAACCAAUAGAACAGGAAGUAACUCCCACAACCAAUGACCCCAGUUCAACUAGUUAUUUCAUGACAACUCGAAAAGAGAAUCCAGAGUAUACUGGUAGGAUAUCGAGUGAAGAGACCACAGUGAAUCGAAGUGUCACAGUACCAUCACACAAUCCGGGUUCAAAUGAAGAUAAUGGUUUGGUGACAAUACUUGUACCAGUACUUGUGGUUCUGUUUGUAAUUGUGAUGCUCGUUGUUAUAGGAGUACUUUGCUAUAAGAAGAAAAAAGAAAGCAGACGAGAAAUGGACAGAAAUGGAGUACCUCUCAAGUCAAUCCAUCCAACAAGAAUGGAAUACAAUGCUCAACAUAUUGUGGAAAAUGGAUCUGUGAACAGUUAUACAUGUACAAGAGAUACUGGAAUGGAUGCAGAUGAAAAUUACCAGUUUGACCAAAAGGAAAAAACGAACACAGAUGAAGAACUGGAAAACACUUUUCUUAAGUCACUCUGUUCCAAUCCAACUAGAACUGAAAGCAUAAUUGAUUCUCAUAGUUUUGAAAAUGGAUCUGUGAACAGUUGUAGAAUAUUUACUGGAAGGUCAGAUGAGGAAAUGGAAAGCUGUUCUCCCAUGCUACACAAUAUCCAUCCAACGAAAACUGCAAACAAUCCUUCAAGCAUUAUGGGAAAUGGCUCUGUGAAUAGUGGAAGAAUGACGGUAGAUAAUGGAAGGGAUGCAAUGGAAAAUAACCAAUUUGAUUUGGACUUGAGUUAUGCUCAGACACUAUCUCCUGAAAGUUUUAAUAAAGACAAAGAACCUCUCAGCUAUGACCUUGAGUCUGUAGAGCCAUUGAGCAAACCAGAAGAAAUGCCCACUUGAUUUGUAUCAACUCACUAAUGCAAGGCAUGGAAAAGAAAUAGUGAACCAUUGGUACACCUGUUUAUUUAUCAGGAAUUCAACUUGUAUUUAUGAAUUGUUCAGAUAUUAAACAAUUAUGAAAUAAUUGCAGCAUCCAUAGUAAUAGAUACAUUGGCUUUAAUAUAAGUAAUGCUAUAGUUGGUGAAAUGUUAAUCAAUGUAGCUAAGUUGUUAGGUUAUUUUUGCACUCAAAAUUUUACAUUUUUAGAUUUUUGAAACAAAACAAAAACAAGCGAAAAGCUAUCAGUGUGACAGCAAAUCAGGUUUUCUUUUGUGUGAACAGUAUCCAUAAUCCAUCUGUCAAUCCUGAAUUGAUAAAAACUACCCAUCCAGAGAAAUGAAGAACCCUAUAUGCAAUAUUCUAAAAUGAGCACCUGGUAUUUUUUUUUUUUAUAUAAUUUAUCAAAAAUCAAAAUCCAAGUAAUAUGCACUACUCAGGUUUAUAUACAAUUGAUCUGCAAAACAACAACUUCCUAUCUUGAGAACUGUAGGAGGAGUUAUCCGUAAAAAUUGGGGUACUCUUUUGGCAGUUGCCUUCCCACCCGCUUGCCAUUUUCACCAUUUCAAAACUGGAUUUUUCCUUUGGAAAAUCUGGUUCGCCCGCCCACCAUUUUCACCAUUUCAAUUUCCAGAAUUUUUCUUUGGAAAACCUGGUUAACGAAGAUCCUCACUUUGUUUGUUUUGGCAACAUUUUUAUUGAAAUAUAAUGUUUAAAAGUUUAUAUUAUCAAAUCAUCUCUUCAAUUACUUAUAUAAUUUAGUAGUUUGGGCUGUAUGGUUUAGGAUAUUUUCAUUCAUUAGAGGGAAUUCAACGGAAGGUAUUUGUCCUGUUCAUAAGUGUUCAAUCAAGAAAUGUUGAAAGUUUUAUUUAUCACCAUGUUUCAUCACCCGAGUCACAGGGUAUGUCUUAUCUCAAAGUCAUUAAACCAAGUUUAUGGUAACUUUUUGUAAAUGUGUGUGUUCAGGCCAAAUUUUGUAAUGAAACAUGAUUAAAGCUAAAACUUGUGAGAAUAAUUGCCUGUGAUUCCACCCUCAAAAGAAUGGAUUGCUUGUCUUUUCAGGACCAACUGACUAAAAAACUUUUUAAAAAAUUAAUAUAUUAAUGCCAUUUUAAAUAAAUAAUAAUUAAAACACUGAGUCAGGAGAGGGCCAUCAAUCAUUAUUCAAAUUGUGUUCAGACCUGUUAAUGUACUGUGACUUUGACUCGAGGUAAUUUGGGCAUUUUCAAGGUUAUACAGUGUACCUUUUAUCUUUUCUUGCUCAUGACCUAUGGAUUUUUCAUGUAAUUCUUUCCCAAGGAAUAAAUGAGUUACAUUUGAGUAGAUAGUCUGUCAUUACCAUUACUUUGUCACUUAUGUAUACUACACAAGUUGCCACUUAAAAUUAAAAAGGUGUGUUCAAAAUUUUAAUGUUUUUAAUGAUAUACAUUGCUAGUAGCUAGCAUACUAUUUUUUUAAAAAUGUCAUGUGUGCUUUGUGUAGAAUGCUUUUACUACAUUUAUAAUUAUGUAAAUAUUUUCUACAAUUUUCACAUUAUUUCUAUUCUUAUUUUUGUUCAUAAUUUUACUUAAAUGCCUUAAUUUUACCGUACAUAUACAUGUAAAUGAAAACCAUGUAAUCUAGUAAAGUGUUUUUAAAAAAGUGUAUUUUUUCUUUCAAUUGUCCAUUGGUGCUAUCAUUGACACAAACAAGGUUUUAUGAGGUUAAAUGCAUGUGUGAUUUUUAUUAAUGGAGAGAGAAACUCCAAUCUUUCUAUUAAUCAAUCAUUAAUCAAUGACCAAGCUACAUGUUACUUGUACACCAUUGAACAGGUUUGAGGAAACAAGCAAGUACAUAGGUCAGUGAGAAAAAAUUGAGUGUAAAUAUGCAUGUACACGAUAUUUGGAAAUCUCUCUCUCUCUCUCUCUCUCUCUCUCUCUCUCUCUCUCUCUCUCUCUGAGGCAAUAUGUUGAAGUGAUAUUCAAAGGUUAGGGUAUGUGAGUUUUGUGCCAUAUUAAUUAUAACCGGUGCAAUAUAAAUAUAUAUAUUUUAAAAAGCAUUUUGCGAAUUAAAAGUAGAAUUUA